AUGGCAAUCGGCACAGCUUCAUCGGUCGCCGGUGGGGCGGCAUCGGCAGGCCCCGUGCUCCUGCUUCUGCUACUGGUUGCGUCGGCCACUCGGCCCGUCGCGGCGCUCAACUCCGCUGCUGCCUUCGUCCAGAACGCGGUCUACUCCAACAGGAUCGCCAUCUUCUCCAAAUCCUACUGCAUGUGAGUUCCGAAAAUUUCCUAUCGGAAGAUCCAGAUGGUACUGUUUAUCGUCUCCUUUUUUCCGUGGGGUAGAUUUCAGUGAUUGCCGGGAGGGGUUUGCUUUCCCUGAAUGGGGACGUACCGGGGAAGGUUCACGUUUAUCUGUUCUAUUUGACCGAGGUUUCCAUCUAUUUUGAGAGGAAAUUGCUUCUAUAAUUUUCACCACAAGACAUCCUAGGAGGCCGAUUGAUUGAUAUUUGAUUAUGAUUCAAGCGCCGGUGAAUGUGUGGGCACUUCUCUUACUUCUCAAUUUCCCAGAAGAAAAAAGAGCAGAAAAAUGGUGAAAACAUCGGAUAUUUGAUAAAUUGAUGAAAAUUUUGGAGUAUUUAUGCCUUUAUCAAGAGCAUAUGUCGUUUAAUUUGAAAGGAUUAACUUUCAUACAUUAUCAUCACUGAUUCAUUUAUGGAUAGGCAUCAUACUACAUAAUUCACAGUAGGAUUUAUGCAACGCAGUUCAUAUAUUUGGAAACAUGAGUUACUUCAUUUGAUAUUCUGCUAGAGAAAAUUAUCAUGAUCACUCCUUUCCUCCUCUUCAUGAUUUUCAUCUCCCAGGAGUCUGAGAAAAGCAACUAAUCGCGAAAGGGUAGAUGAAAAUGCGGUUGGCAACCAUGAAUCCAUUGUUUUAAUCCUCGAGCCUUUUUUGAAUUAUCUUCUAUAAUUGAUCCAGGUUGUUGGCCUUCUCAUCUAUCUGUGGUCUUCAACGAUCUUGAUAAACUACCCUUUCAGUUUUUCAUCAGGUUCCAUGAUCUUGGAACCUUCAGAUAAUUGGAUAUUCAUAACUUUGGAAGGUGCUUUCCCUCCCUCGAUGAAAACCAUUUUCUACUCCCGGGUCAGAAGCCACAUGGCAUUCUUCCUCUUAGUGCUUCUUCGCGAAGAUUCGUUGGCUUCCUGUACAUCACGUGAGACACAAGUAUUCUGUCCUUUGAAUAAUGCAACAGCCUCUUUGGGUCAAAACUAUAUCUGUUCCUGGUCAGAAAAUAAUAAAAAUCGUGGAUUGGAUGGGGACUCAAUCCCUUCCUGGGAUCGGAAUCCGUGGGUUCCUGGAUGAUCUAGGCGUUGUUUGAAUGAUCAUAACAUCUGAUCCUGGAUCAUAUCAGAAAUGAUUUUUUUUUCUUUAUUUUUAGUUAAUGGUCAGAUGUUUGGGCCACCAGAAUUUCUUUCCUUUACUCCUUUUUAUUAAGAUAUAAUUCGAUAAUUUUUGGAAACUCUGUUUCACUAAAAAGAUCAAAUCAUUUUGUUCAAGUAGUAAGUAAAGAUUCAUAUAUUAUGAAAUUUACAGUUGUGGGGUCGCACAAUCCCAGAAACCCAUUUGUGCGCAAUGGAAAUCGACCUGAUUAUCAUGCAGAUUCUUUUGAAAAAUAGGGCCCAAGGUCUGAGAAAAAGAUAAUAUAAUUAUGGCUUUCUGAUACCAAGAAAUGGGUGGGUACAACUGCAGCAAAUAGCUUGCAUUAGUAACAAUAAUUAGCUAUAUUUUGAAAACAAUUAUUUUGAAAAAAUAGGGCCCAGGGUCAAGAUUCAUCAGCUCAAAGAAAAUAAAAAAAAAAGCUAUUUUUUUUUUCUGAUACCAAGAAAUGGAUGGGUAAAACUGCAGCAGAUAACUGGGUAAAGUUCUUGUACCUGGGUCAAGAUCGAUUGAAUUUUUUGGCAAAUUUCUCAGGGACACUGCUAUCAUUUACGAUACCAUUUUUUUUUUCCUCUCUGGCCGUUGAAUCAUGUUGAUGAUCCCUUCGUACCAUUCAUAUUUCUUCAGGUAUUCCAUGAGAGCCAAGCGUGUGUUCAGCCAACUACAGGAGACGCCAUUUGUUUCGGAGCUCGAUCAGAGAGGUUCGAAUCCCUCCCCAGAAGCCACGCUUGGUUAUUUUAUUUUAUUUUAUGAUUAAAAAAAUAUAGAUGGGAAUCUCUGGGUGUUUGUUGUUUUUUUUAAAAGGUAUAUCAUCCCAUUUUUAAAGCAUAAUUUCUGAGGGAUUUCCUCAACGUUGACCCGCAGACGACGGGCCCCAGAUCCAGAACGCUCUCUUCGAUCUCGUUGGUCAAUACACCGUGCCGCAGGUCUUCGUCAACGGAAAGCACAUCGGCGGCUCCGAUGGUCUGAAAACUCGCAACCCACCCUCUCUCUCUCUCCACGAUCUUCAAGUUUAGUUUUUUAGUCAUGAAUUAUUAUUGUUUUUGACUUUGCUAGAUACCCUGAGGCUGUUGGCGUCCGGUCAACUCCAGAAGCUUCUCGAAACGAGCUAG